AUGAUGGCGGAUUUAAUUGCCUUCCAAACGUAUCGCUACAGUAAUUUCAUCCCCUCCAACAUGAUUCCGCGAUCGUCUCACAAGCGAUCGUUGUCCGAUCAUCGAACCCUAUUUGCCGACAAGACUGUCAUGAAGGCCAAGUCAACUACCGAUCUCUCCGACACCCUUUCUUACCCCUCCGACUCUCACCCAAGGUUUCAGGAGAGUGAUUUCAACACCCUGCAGGAUCCACGAUUGGCUAUUGGCGCGGAGAUUUCACCGUCACCCUCCUCGACGACUCAUCACCCUGACUUGAGCAACGAGGUCGCAGCCCUAAGUGUGAAAUUGAUACAGGCGAUCAACAACCAGACCUCCUUGGAUGACGAUUUGGCCGCUACACGUCAGGAGCUGGAGCUAGCCCAAGGCAAAAUACAAGCUCUAGAAUUCCAGAAUGAGAAAUACCGAAGAGACCUUGAAAACAAGGUCUAUGUAAAAAAGGCCGAUGUCGACCUCGAAAUUGCGCAAUUGAAGGCUCAGCUCGCGCAGGAGAAGGCACAGCGUACCGCCGCCGAAACUGGAACGCGGACCAUGGAGCAGGAGCUGGAGACCCUUACCGCGGACCUCUUCGUGGAAGCCAAUAAGAUGGUUGCGGCCGCUAAAAUUGAACGGGAAGCGGUGGAAAAAAAGAACGAACAAUUGCGAUCGCAAGUAAAAGACACCGAGUUACUCCUCGCCUCAAAUCAGGAUCAGCUAGCGGAGCUUAAGUCGCAUAUGCAAGGGAUGGACUUUUCCAAAGAUGACACAGAUACUCGCACAAUCGCUUCUACUGCACCUCCUUCCCCAGCAAGACUUCCACAGGCACCUGGGUCUGCCAAUCGAGGGCUUGACUUUGCUCCAUGCGACCCCGAAGAGCUGACGCCUGGUCCAUCUUGCAAUUUCCCCAAUAUUCUCCGCAUGAUAUGCCGCACUGAUUUGCAAGCCUACGAUGACUUCCGGGAGCUUUUGUCACUUUCACGAAACUCCAAGCCUCCGAGUCGCGCAGGAAGUGGGUCAUAUGGCGGCUUGAAUGUUAUGAGUCUAGCUGGUUUUGGAUCUGGAUCUGCCACAUCUUCUCCUACAAAGGUCUUCGCCAACUCUCCAAGUGGCAGUCUUUCCUCGCAAACCGGCUCGCAUAUUCCACUCAAAGAAACCCGGUUUUAUAAGCGGGUGAUGUUGGAAGAUAUCGAACCAACCUUGCGACUUGACUUGGCUCCUGGUGUUUCAUGGCUCGCCCGUCGCACUGUGCUAAGCAGCAUUUGUGAAGGUAGCCUUGUCGUGGAACCUGUACCAGCAAUGGUAAAGAAAUAUGAACUACCGUGCUCGGUGUGUGGUGAACGCAGACCGGGUUCUCACAACGAACGAACCCACCGCUUCCGAACGUCUGAGAAUGAAAACGCUCAGCGGUACUCGCUGUGCAUUCAGUGCUUGGAACGAAUCCGUUCUUGUUGUGAAUUCACGGGCUACUUACGCCUCAUCCUUGAUGGACAUCUCCGCGCCGGGGAUUCCGAAGAAGAGAAGGAAAUUUGGGAGGAAACCGUUCGUCUAAGAGAGCGGAUGUUCUGGUCUCGUAUUGCAGGAGGCAUUGUUCCCCUGGUUACUCGACCAGCUGAUUUUGAAGAAGAUUCAGACAACACUGUAUCCAACUCCAAUGAAAUGGAGGAUUGCGAUGGCAAACAUCUUCAGCCUUCGAAUAGCACUGCCAUUGAAUCUAAAUUGCCAUCAGUCGAAGAGGCAACUGCAGACGAGCUUGAGUUUGCUGAGAUUGAACCCCAUAAUCUCGAUUCUGAUGCGCCCCGGCCCGUAACUCCUGACAUCGUAGAGAGUGGAGACGGGGAAUAUGCAUCUGACGUGCCGCAAAAGCGAAACUCCACUGAUUCUACGUACUCUGUUGAAUCCGAAGUCAGCGUCUACGAAGAAGCCAGUACUGAUGUCGAGACUGACACUCCUAAACUUGUCGUCGACCACUCAGAACCCACCCCCGAAAAUGACGAUCACACUGAAGCCAAGGACCCAUCCAGUUCCUAA